UCUCCUUUUCCACUGAGAAUACUGCAAUUAAAAGGAAGAUGUAGCUAUAAAGCAUUGUGGUCAGAAACCUGAACCAUUAUUACCAGAGGAAGCUGUUUAUUUGUUGUUGCUGGUUGAUAUUUUUUAUUAUUAUUAUUUAAAGCAUGAUCUUGCUGUCUGGAUGCUGGGCUGUGAUUUCUCCCUCCCUUCUCAUCAGGUUCUUCUGUCUUAUUUUGGACAAACAUGUUGUGAUGUGACUGCACUCUAGCAACCUUUUUUUUUAAAAUCUUUUUUGGAUAUACCAUAAUGAGAGGAAUCUAUUGACUGUGGAAGCAUUCUUGUUUCACCCAGUGGUCACGAUAAGAUAUCUUGGAUUCCUUUUUUCUCUCGAGGAAAAUAUUUCAUAUUCCACAACUAUUUGAAGAUCUGACAUUUCCCAAAUAACAAGGUCCUUCUUAUGCCAUAGGUAAAACAUAAUUUAAAUGUGCAGGAUGAAAAAAUGGCACAGGCACUGCUGGUACCACCAGGACCUGACAGCUUCCGCUAUUUUACUAGAGAAUCUCUUGCAGCUAUUGAAAAACGUUGUGCAGAGGAGAAAGCAAAAAAGCCCAAGCAGGAUCAUUCAGAUGCUGAUGAUGAACAUGGGCCAAAACCAAAUAGUGACUUGGAAGCAGGAAAAUCACUUCCAUUUAUAUAUGGAGACAUUCCUCCAGGAAUGGUAUCUGAACCUUUGGAGGAUCUUGAUCCCUAUUAUAGCAAUAAAAAAACCUUCAUAGUAUUGAAUAAAGGGAAGGCGAUUUUCCGAUUUAGUGCCACGUCUGCCUUGUACAUUUUAACUCCUUUCAACCCCCUCAGAAAAAUUGCUAUUAAAAUUUUGGUACAUUCAUUAUUCAGCAUGCUUAUUAUGUGCACAAUUUUGACCAACUGUGUAUUUAUGACCAUGAGCAACCCUCCAGAUUGGACAAAGAAUGUAGAGUACACUUUCACUGGAAUUUACACGUUUGAAUCCCUCAUAAAAAUUCUUGCAAGGGGCUUUUGUUUAGAAGGUUUUACUUUUCUUCGGGACCCAUGGAACUGGCUCGAUUUCAGCGUCAUUUUGAUGGCGUAUGUAACAGAAUUUGUAAACCUAGGCAAUGUUUCAGCUCUUCGAACUUUCAGAGUAUUGAGAGCUUUGAAAACUAUUUCUGUAAUCCCAGGUAAGAAGUGGAGCGGCUUGAUGAAGUGCCAGGCCCCUUGUAUCUCCAACUGUUUCUUGUGUGAUGUCAUUGUGUUUGUGUGUGAACUCCCCUAUUACAGAUAUGUGACAGAGUUUGUGGACCUGGGCAAUGUCUCAGCGUUGAGAACAUUCAGAGUUCUCCGGGCAUUGAAAACAAUAUCAGUCAUCCCAGGCCUGAAGACCAUUGUGGGAGCCCUCAUUCAGUCAGUGAAGAAGCUGUCAGAUGUCAUGAUCCUGACUGUCUUUUGCCUGAGCGUGUUUGCGCUAAUAGGGCUGCAGCUCUUCAUGGGCAACUUGAGGCACAAAUGCCUGAUCUGGCCACCAGACAACUCUACCUUUGAAAUAAACAUAACUUCCUAUUUCAACAGCACUCUGGGAGAAAAUGGCACCUUUAUUAACACAACCGUGAGCACCUUUGACUGGGAGCAAUAUGUUGAGGAUGAAAGUAAUUUUUAUGUUUUGGAAGGACAAAGAGAUGCCCUUCUUUGUGGCAACAGCUCAGAUGCAGGUCAAUGUCCUGAAGGCUAUAUGUGUGUAAAAGCUGGUAGAAACCCCAACUAUGGCUAUACAAGUUUUGAUACAUUCAGCUGGGCCUUCUUGUCACUCUUUCGGCUGAUGACUCAGGACUACUGGGAAAAUCUCUAUCAAUUGACUUUACGAGCGGCUGGCAAAACAUACAUGAUCUUUUUUGUUCUGGUAAUCUUCUUGGGCUCCUUCUACCUGAUCAACUUGAUCCUGGCCGUUGUUGCCAUGGCCUAUGAAGAGCAGAAUCAAGCCACAAUGGAAGAAGCAGAGCAGAAAGAGGCAGAGUUUCAGCAGAUGCUUGAGCAGCUGAAAAAGCAACAAGAAGAAGCUCAGACAACAGCAGCUGUGGCAGCAGCAUCCGUUGCAUCAAGAGACUUCAGCUGCGUGGGUGGAUUGGGGGAACUCUUAGAAAGUUCUUCAGAGGCAUCUAAAUUAAGCACAAAGAGUGCUAAAGAAAGAAGAAACAGACGGAAAAAAAGAAGGCAAAAGGAGCUUGCUGAGGCAGAAGAGAGAGAAGAAGCGGAUAAGUUUCCCAAAUCUGAAUCAGAAGAUAGCAUCAGAAGGGGAGCUCGCUUGUCCUAUGAAAAGAGGACUUCAACUCACCAGUCUUUGCUGAGCCUUCGUGGCUCCCUGUUUUCCCCAAGGCGCAACAGCAGAGCAAGUAUUUUCAGCUUCCGAGGGAAAGCAAAGGAUGUAGGAUCGGAGAAUGACUUUGCAGAUGAUGAGCACAGCACCCUUGAAGACAAUGAGAGUAGAAGAGAUUCCCUCUUUGUGCCAAACAGACACAACAGUGAACGGCGCAACAGUAACACCAGUCUAGCAAGCCUGUCAUCAAAGAUGGUGCCAGCACUUCCACUAAAUGGGAAGAUGCACAGCACGGUGGAUUGCAAUGGAGUGGUUUCUUUGGUGGGCGGACCUGCAGCACUUCCCUCACCUACUGGACAGCUUCUGCCUGAGGGUACCACUACAGAAACAGAAAUAAGGAAAAGGAGAUUGAGCUCUUAUCAGAUUUCUAUGGAAUUGAUGGAAGAAUCGGCAGCAAGACAAAGAGCUAUGAGUAUAGCCAGCAUACUCACUAAUACUAUGGAAGAACUUGAAGAAUCGAGACAGAAGUGCCCACCAUGCUGGUAUAGAUUUGCAAAUACCUUCUUGAUCUGGGAUUGUUGGAGUCCUUGGUUAAAUGUAAAGCACAUUGUGAAUCUGAUAGUGAUGGACCCAUUUGUUGACCUUGCUAUUACCAUCUGCAUCGUUUUGAAUACCCUAUUUAUGGCCAUGGAGCACUAUCCAAUGACUCACUAUUUCAACCAUGUGCUUUUGGUGGGAAACCUGGUCUUCACUGGCAUCUUCACUGCAGAAAUGGUCUUGAAAAUCAUAGCCAUGGAUCCUUAUUAUUAUUUCCAAGAAGGCUGGAAUAUAUUUGAUGGCAUCAUUGUCAGCUUAAGUUUGAUGGAGCUGGGUCUUGCAAAUGUGGAAGGCCUAUCAGUGCUAAGAUCCUUCAGAUUGCUCCGGGUUUUCAAGUUAGCAAAAUCCUGGCCAACAUUAAAUAUGCUGAUCAAAAUUAUUGGCAAUUCUGUGGGUGCUUUGGGAAAUCUGACCUUGGUCCUGGCCAUCAUUGUCUUCAUUUUUGCCGUGGUUGGAAUGCAGCUGUUUGGUAAAAGCUACAAGGAAUGUGUCUGCAAGAUUGCAGAAGACUGUGAACUUCCACGUUGGCACAUGAAUGACUUUUUCCACUCUUUCUUGAUUGUAUUCCGAGUACUUUGUGGAGAAUGGAUAGAAACCAUGUGGGACUGUAUGGAGGUUGCAGGCCAAACCAUGUGCCUUAUUGUUUUUAUGCUGGUCAUGGUGAUUGGAAACUUAGUGGUACUGAACCUCUUUCUAGCCUUACUGCUGAGCUCCUUCAGUUCAGACAACCUUGCUGCUACAGAUGAUGAUAAUGAAAUGAACAAUCUCCAGAUUGCUGUGGGGAGGAUUCAGAGAGGAAUUGAUUACAUUAAGAAAAAAAUGCAAGAAGUGGUUCAGAAAAGUGUUAUUAGAAAGCAGAAAGCCACUGAGGAUAUCAAAUCACUUGAAGAGCUAAACAACAAGAAAGACAUCUACAUUUCCAACCAUACCAUGGUGGAAAUAACUAAAGAUGUUCAUUAUCUGCGAGAUGGGAAUGGAACCACAAGUGGCGUAGGCACAGGCAGCAGUGUGGAAAAAUAUAUUAUUGAUGAAAAUGAUUAUAUGUCAUUUAUUAAUAAUCCGGGCCUUACUGUGACUGUACCAAUUGCAGCUGGAGAAUCAGAUUUUGAAAAUAUAAACACAGAGGAAUUUAGCAGUGAAUCUGACCUUGGAGCAAGCAAAGAGAAGAUAAAUGCAACCAGCUCAUCUGAAGGCAGCACAGUUGAUAUUGCCCCACCUGGAGAGGGUGAACAGGCAGAGAUUGAACCUGAAGAAGCUCUUGAACCUGAAGCCUGUUUUACUGAAGGCUGCAUCAAGAAGUUCCCAUGCUGUCAAGUGAGUAUAGAAGAUGGCAAAGGAAAAAUCUGGUGGAAUUUUAGGAAAACCUGCUACAGCAUAGUAGAACACAACUGGUUUGAGACGUUCAUUGUAUUUAUGAUUCUCCUCAGCAGUGGUGCUCUGGCCUUUGAAGACAUAUAUAUUGAACAGCGCAAAACCAUCAAGACCAUGUUGGAAUAUGCUGACAAGGUUUUCACAUACAUCUUCAUCCUGGAAAUGCUUCUGAAGUGGGUGGCUUAUGGCUUCCAGAUGUAUUUCACUAAUGCCUGGUGCUGGCUGGACUUCCUCAUUGUGGAUGUUUCAUUGGUUAGCUUAGUAGCCAAUGCUCUGGGUUAUUCUGAACUUGGUGCCAUUAAAUCCCUCCGAACACUGAGAGCUCUGAGGCCUUUAAGAGCCCUGUCACGAUUUGAAGGCAUGAGGGUGGUUGUUAAUGCCCUUGUAGGUGCAAUCCCAUCCAUCAUGAAUGUACUUCUAGUUUGUCUAAUAUUCUGGCUGAUCUUUAGCAUCAUGGGUGUGAAUCUGUUUGCUGGAAAGUUCUACCAUUGUGUUAAUACCACAACGGGUGAGAUGUUUAACAUCAGUGAAGUUGACAAUAAAACUCAGUGUGAUGAACUCGUAAACACAAACCAAGGUGCCCGGUGGAAAAACGUGAAAGUAAACUUUGACAACGUUGGAGCUGGUUAUCUUGCACUGCUUCAAGUUGCUACUUUUAAAGGAUGGAUGGACAUUAUGUAUGCAGCUGUGGAUUCAAGGGAUGUAGAAAAGCAGCCCUAUUAUGAGGACAACCUGUAUAUGUAUCUUUAUUUUGUUAUCUUCAUCAUCUUUGGAUCAUUUUUUACCUUAAACCUUUUUAUUGGUGUCAUCAUAGAUAACUUCAAUCAGCAAAAAAAGAAGUUUGGAGGACAAGACAUCUUUAUGACAGAGGAACAGAAGAAGUAUUACAACGCAAUGAAAAAAUUAGGCUCUAAAAAGCCACAAAAACCUAUACCUAGACCAGGGAAUAAAUUUCAAGGUUUGGUCUUUGACUUUGUAACAAAGCAAGCUUUUGACAUCAGCAUCAUGAUUCUUAUCUGCCUUAACAUGGUCACCAUGAUGGUGGAAACAGAUGACCAAACUAAAGAAAUGGAAACCAUUUUAUCUAGGAUUAACCUGGUCUUCAUUAUCCUUUUCACUGGAGAAUGUGUACUCAAACUGAUUUCACUCCGUCAUUAUUAUUUCACCAUCGGCUGGAAUAUUUUUGAUUUUGUGGUUGUCAUUCUCUCCAUUGUAGGUAUGUUCCUGGCAGAGAUCAUUGAGAAAUACUUUGUGUCCCCCACCUUGUUCCGAGUGAUCCGACUUGCCAGGAUAGGCCGGAUCCUGCGUCUAAUCAAGGGUGCUAAAGGGAUCCGCACUCUGCUUUUUGCCUUGAUGAUGUCUCUUCCUGCCUUGUUUAACAUUGGCCUCCUCCUUUUCCUCGUCAUGUUCAUCUAUGCUAUAUUUGGAAUGUCCAACUUUGCCUACGUGAAGAGAGAAGUUGGAAUCGAUGACAUGUUCAACUUUGAAACAUUUGGCAACAGCAUGCUGUGCCUCUUUCAAAUUACCACCUCUGCAGGCUGGGAUGGCUUGCUGGCACCUAUUCUCAACAGCGGGCCUCCGGACUGUGACCCCGAGAUAGACCAUCCGGGAAGCUCAGUCAAGGGAGACUGUGGCAAUCCUUCUGUUGGGAUUUUCUUCUUUGUCAGUUACAUCAUCAUAUCUUUCUUAGUGGUCGUAAACAUGUAUAUUGCUGUCAUUCUGGAGAACUUCAGUGUUGCUACAGAAGAAAGUGCUGAACCUUUGAGUGAGGAUGAUUUUGAGAUGUUCUAUGAGGUCUGGGAGAAGUUUGAUCCAGAUGCAUCCCAGUUCAUAGAAUAUAAUAAACUCUCUGAUUUUGCUGCUUCGCUGGAUCCUCCCCUUCUUAUACCAAAACCAAACCAUGUUCAGCUUAUUGCAAUGGAUCUACCCAUGGUAAGUGGAGACAGGAUUCACUGCCUCGACAUCUUGUUUGCCUUUACAAAACGUGUUUUGGGAGAAAGUGAGGAAAUGGAUUUACUCAGAGUACAAAUGGAAGAUCGGUUCAUGGCAGCCAACCCUUCCAAAGUUUCCUAUGAACCAAUUACAACCACGUUGAAACGAAAGCAGGAGGAAGUAUCUGCUACUAUCAUUCAACGAGUGUUCAGGCGCUUCCUCUUAAAACAAAAAGUUAAAAAAGUGACCUCUCUAUAUAGUAAAGAUAAAUGUAAAGAUGGGGAUAUCCUGCCCAUGAAAGACAUGAUUACAAACAAAUUUAAUGAGAACUCCACUCCAGAGAAGACAGAUGAGAGCUCAUCCACAACCUCUCCGCCUUCCUAUGAUAGUGUUACAAAACCAGACACAGAGAAAUAUGAAAAAGGCAAAGCAGACAGAGACUACAAAAGUAAAGAUGUCAGGGUUAGCAAAAAGUGAAACAAACUUUGAAUUCUGUUUCUGUCCAAAAUUUUGUUUACAGCCUUUGAAAGGGAUGUAUUUGUCAGUAAGACUCCACUGGGAGAUUUAUGCCAAACUGUCAGUUUUUACUUAUAAAUAUAUUACAUAUAUGUGUGUGUGUGUGUGUGUAUAUAUAUAUGUAUAUAUAUAAAUCUCUCUAAAGGUCAGUGCCUAUAACAAGACAGUGACCCUCGUCACCAGGCUACAACUCUGUAAAACAGGGUGGCAGCUAACUACUGUAGUCACUACAGCUGAAAGUGUGGAAGAGAGACUGGGUUUGGCUUUUCAGAAUGAGGUACACAAAGCUAGGACCUAUGUGCUUAAUAUAUUGCAAGACACUUAGUUUGAAUAAGUGUUCUCACUGUGUGUAUUUCAACUGCCACAUUUGCCAUAUUUUUACUCACACAUACACAUGCAUACACACGCACACAUACACUGUAGGCAGAUCUAUCAUUUUUUUAAAAUUUUGCAGGGUGUUUAAAUUUAUAUGUGACUAUUUUUGUAAAUGGGUUUUCUGUUACAGGGGAGGGACUGGGUGGGAUUUCCAGGACCAGGUGUUCUACUCUCUCAUUCCAAAACCUAGAGAUAGUGAAAGUAUUUGCAUGAAGGCAUGCAGCACUUCUAGAGCAUGCAUGGAACUGAUGUGACAGCAUCAGGCAGAGUUUUCACCACUUCUCUACAGGUCGGCUCUGAAAUGCGUUUGUUUGGUGUGUGUUUUUUUAAGCACUUUUACACAUUCUGUUGACAAGGUGAAAAUCCUCUUAGGCCUGCAAUCAGUUUUUUAAAAAGAAGAUGCCAAAGGCAUUUUUUAUGGUGACCACUAAAUCUAAACACACACACACACACUAUUUUAGUUCAGGGGAUUUGUCUGAAUUCAGUCCUUUACCUAAGAUGGGAUCAUCUCUGCACUGAACAAUCCUUUAUGUCAUGGGUUAAUUCCCAGUAUAGAUUAUCACAAUUAUAGCAUGCCAUCUAGCACAAAGAGGAGCAAACCAGGUGUCCCUUGCCAGAGGUGCCUGCUAAUUCAAGACAUUGGCAAAUGGCUGGGGGAGGAUAAGAACAGUAAUACAUAAAUAUGCCCAGAAGAAGGUAAGAAAUGGGCAGAAAGAUAAGAGUGUUUAACGUAUUUGUCUUAAAGUACUGCAUAGUUAUGCACUGUCAGUACAGUUCUUGCCUACGUUCUAACUCUGUCCCACCCUGCCACAAAGAGUUCUGCUACGUGAUGUAAAUACUCAUGUUACAUAGUUGUACAUAUUUGAGUGCACAAAUGAUCUGGCCACAGUGUGUUUCUGCAGACAUGUGCUACAACAGGCCACGCUUGCAAGCUCUUGAGAGGUAAUAUCUUGUGUUCCGUACCAUUAUAGAUAAUUGGGAGGGUGCUGAUGCAUGUGAAUAUUGCCUUUGCUACUGUUGUACUUUGAUCCUUCCACUAACCACAUUUAUUUUCUAUGGGAAAUGGUGACGUGAAUGAAAAUUGGCUCAUUUAUUCCUAUCACUGAGCAAUAGGUUGUAGUAUGAGCUUUGCUGGGGAAGAGCCUUUCAAACUUAAAGUGACUACUUUUGUGGUAUAAGCCAAGGAUGGUGAAAUGUGUGGCUCUUCAGAUGUUGUCUGACUCCCCCUUCUCAUCAGCCCUACACAGCUUACCUAAGUUCCAGUCCAACAACUUCAGGAGGGCCACAUCUUCCAUAUUCCUAGUGCAAACAAAGACGGUGUAAGGAAUACUACAAACUGUUUAACCUGUUGACAAUGCUUUUAGCAUAUAUAAAUAAUGUAAAAAAAUCCCCACAAAAACAAAACAGCAUUUAUGUACAUAAAAUUAUGUCCAGAUUCAUGCAGCUUUCUUUUCCAAAGUCACUUUGUUUACUUUAUAUCCAUUGUAUCUUUCAACAGAGACCUCCACAAUAAUAAAAAAAUAAUACUAAAAAGAUGAAUGAACAUUUGUUGAUGGAUUUGUUCCAUAACUCCUUUCUGAUAUGGAGAUUUUGAUGUGAAACAAAUAAGUAAAAAUGUGGCUUGGAUCUAAUGAGCCACACAUGGGGA